UCGUCGGACGGGAGUCGUGCGCUCCCACGAUCUCGAUCGCGCUUCAUCUAGAGCUUCGCAGACUUGCUCGUGAGUUUAGAAGAUCAGCUGCACUGAGAGCAGAAGGACCGUCGCCUCGCCCCGCCCCCCUCCCUCCCCAUCAUGAUGCCCGCGUGCCUGGCGUGGCUGUUGGCCCUCGCCCUGGCCGCUCCGCUCUCCUGUUCAGGCUUCACCACACGCGGUCAGGGUCUGCGGGGUCGAGCUCCGCGCGAUCGCAGGAACAUCCGGCCCAACAUCAUCCUCAUCAUGACCGACGACCAGGACGUGGAGCUGGGCUCCCUGCAGGUGAUGAAUAAAACCCGUAAGAUCAUGGAGGAAGGGGGCACGUCGUUCACCAACGCCUUCGUCACCACGCCCAUGUGCUGCCCGUCCCGCUCGUCCAUGCUGACGGGGAAGUACGUCCACAACCACAACACCUACACCAACAACGAGAACUGCUCCUCUCCGUCCUGGCAGGUGCAGCACGAGCCACGCUCCUUCGCCGUCUACCUCAACAACACGGGAUACCGCACAGCUUUUUUCGGGAAGUACCUGAACGAGUACAACGGCAGCUACAUUCCUCCUGGGUGGCGCGAGUGGGUGGGACUCAUCAAAAAUUCCCGCUUCUAUAAUUACACCGUCUGUCGGAACGGCUACAAGGAGAAGCACGGCGCGGACUACGCCAAGGAUUACUUCACCGACCUGAUCACCAACGACAGCAUCAACUACUUCCGCCUGUCCAAGCGCUUGUACCCGCACCGCCCGGUUAUGAUGGUCAUCAGUCACGUGGCGCCCCACGGGCCGGAGGAUUCGGCGCCGCAGUACUCGCAGUUCUUCCCCAACGCCUCGCAACACAUAACGCCGAGCUAUAACUACGCUCCUAACAUGGACAAGCACUGGAUCAUGCAGUACACCGGCCCCAUGAAGCCCAUCCACAUGGAGUUCACCAACUUUCUCCAGAGGAAGCGGCUACAGACCCUGAUGUCCGUGGACGACUCGGUGGAAAAGAUAUACAACGCUUUGUUGGAAACGGGCGAGCUGGACAACACCUACAUAAUCUACACGGCAGACCACGGCUACCACAUCGGCCAGUUCGGCCUGAUCAAGGGCAAGUCCAUGCCGUACGACUUCGACAUCAGGGUGCCGUUCUUCGUCCGAGGGCCGAACGUCGAGCCCGGAACCAGGAACAGCCAUCUUGUUCUGAACAUCGAUCUGGCGCCUACCAUCCUGGACAUCGCGGGUCUGGACACGCCUCCUGAUAUGGACGGCAAGUCCGUCCUGAAGCUGCUGGAGGAGAAGACGGGCAACAGAUACAAGCUGAACCGCAGACCUAAAGUUUGGAGGGACACGUUCCUGGUGGAAAGAGGCAAAAUCCUGCGCAAGAAAGAAGAGACGACGAGCGGCGUGAGCGCGGCGGCGCACACCAACAGCCUGCCCAAAUACAAGAAGGUGAAGGAGGCGUGUCAACAGCCCGAGUUCCAGACGGCCUGCCAACAGCCCGGACAGAAAUGGCACUGCGUGGUGGAUGUGGCGGGGAAGUGGCGUCUGCAGAAGUGCAAGGGAACGCUGAAGGUGGCGUCCAGGAAGAAGACGCGCAGUCUGAGGUUACGCUCCUCCUACGCCGGCCGCACCAAAGAGUGCCACUGCGACGACAGGCCCUACAAACCCGGCAGGAGCGAACGGCGGGCGCACCGGCACCUCGGCCAGGGCGGCAGCCUCAGACCACGGUACCGGCCUCGUUUCGUGCACACCAGACACACCCGCUCCCUCUCGGUGGAAUUCGAGGGCGAGAUUUACGCGGUGGACCUGCAGGAUGACGACCGGGCCGCCGCCAUUCCUCGACCAAUCAGCAAGCGCCACUACGAGCCCGAGCCAGACCCGGACGCCGACUUCGACUCUGAAUCAGACGACGCCUCUGAGGAGAUGCUGGCCGACGAUACGAACGCCGUGGGCUACCCCAGCUCCCUCAAAGUCACACACAAGUGCUACAUCCUGCUGAAUGACACGGUGCGCUGUGAGAGAGAGAUCUACCAGUCAUCUAAAGCCUGGAAGGAUCACAAGAGUUACGUGGACCAGGAGAUUGAGAUGCUGCAGGACAAAAUGAAGAAGCUGCGAGAGGUCAGAGGGCACCUGAAGAGCCGGAGACCGGACGAGUGCGUCUGUGGAAGGAAAAGCUACUAUAGCCCAGAAAGCGGGGGCAGAAACCAGCCGGACAGAACGAGGAGCAGGAACGAUCGUCUCCACCCGUUUAAAGACGCGCUGCACGAGGGGGACGGCAAGACUCAGCUGUAUAACGAUGUCCGGCGCAGGAAGAAAGAGAGAAAAGAGAGGAAGCGACAGAGGAAAGGAGACGACUGCAGUCUGCCCGGACUCACCUGCUUCACCCACAACAAUGACCACUGGCAGACCGCUCCCUUCUGGAACCUGGGAGGGUUCUGCGCCUGCACCAGCUCCAAUAACAACACCUACUGGUGUCUGAGGACCAUAAACGAAACCCACAACACCCUCUUCUGUGAGUUCGCCACCGGAUUCCUGGAGUACUUCGACCUGAACAGCGACCCGUACCAGCUGACCAAUGCCGUGUACACCGUGGAUCGAGACGUCCUGAACCAGCUCCACCUACAGCUGAUGGAGCUGAGAAGCUGUCAGGGUCACAAGCAGUGCAACCCACGUUCCAAAAGUCCGGACACAGAACGGAGCCUGGCUGGGACCUACGCCGAGCGUAGGCUUCUGGACUUCCCCGAGGACGCCGACUGGCACGGACUGGCACGACUGUACAGCGUGAACGCGAGUCUGUUCGAUCACAGAUACGACUACAGCCCGAGCCUGGAGGACUGGGCCAACUUUGCGAAGGAUGUAGAUAGUAUGUUCGCGCUGCUGGACGAUUUGGAGAGACCGAACCGCUCCGAACCGCGCCUGGAGCCGGGCUCCGGAACCGGAGGUCUGGAGGAGGCGAGCGGGGCGGGGGCGGAGGGACGGGAUGUGUGGCGGACUUGGGUCACGCCCGGACCUCAGGACGUGAUCUCGUUCACUACAGCGCCCCCUGUGACUCCUUGGGGGAAACUUUACUCGGGCAACGAUCUUCCCGAAAGACCUCCCUCGGACAGCGCGCCCCGGACGGACCCGCGCACCCAGACCGACCCGCGCACCCAGACCCUGCUUCACCAACUGGAUCAGGACGAAAUAAGUGGGAACGGAAUCACAGAGCUGGAGACUCGCCACGAUUUCCUGUUCAGCUCCAGCAAGGAGGACCUCAUUGCGGGGCGAGAGGAGGAGGACGUGUUUGAGGCACAGGGGUACCUGCGUGUCUCUCAGUCGUCCAGACCUCAACUACGAUCCGACGCCACGCCUCAGACCCAAACUCUUCAUCCCCAAACCUGGCAUGAACCCCAGGAAGCGGACGGCAGCGGUUUCGGUCCUUCGCCAGCAGCAAGUCGGGCUUAAAAAUGAUCUAAGGAUAAAGACAAUAUAAACUCCGGGACGCUGGUCAGCGCUCGAUCUAGAAAUGAUAACAAAUCCUAAUUUUAAUAUUGUGUUUUUUUUAACAGUGCUUCUUUUAUUAGCAAUCAGUGUUACAUGUUUUGUAAGAUAUUAUUACAUACACAUAAAUAUAUAUAUAUAUUUAGAGAUCGAGAGCCUUAAUGCAGCCCACGUUGGGAUUUUGUACAUUUCGUCACGCCAGCGAGGUCUGCUCUAGUGUUUAGUUUUUUAAAAAGAUUUAUAUGGAUGAAAUCGUUGCACUCAGUCCUGAGAGAACCACACGACGCAGCUUGAAUGCACUUUCUCCAAGCCCGUCUCAAACGUACGCCGUGAACCUGAUAGGACAGAAUAGCACCCACACCCGAACACAUACGCAGCGGUACAGUACCGGUCUUGGUGUAUCGGUUCACCAGAUGAUCCGACACUGAUGCACCGUCCCCACGUCUUCGUCGACGGGUUAGGCAGAGCUUUGCAGGCAUGGUCACAUGAUUUAAGCAGAAGAAAAUAUAGCAUAUCCACACGUACCCGCCUUCCCUCCUCAAUUAAUUACAGUUAUAUUAGCCAGUAUUGGGCAUGUGUGAAGGUAAUCAUGAACGUUUUGCUAGUCUGAGGUACAGGAAGCUCAACAUGAGAUGCUUCUGUCACACCAUUUGUACUCUUUGUCAUGUUCUCUCUCCCUUUUACACUUUUAAAAGAAGUAGAAUCACGUCUGUCUGGUUCUUUAGAGCAGAAAUUGCUGUUUCACGUCAAAGCAGGACUCAUCUCCCAGGAAUCAAUGUGGUGGCAUAAAGUAUGAGGUGCUAAACUGGUCUAAUUUCAUUUAAACAACAGCUGGGAGGGAGGUGUUAGUACAAAAAUGAUCUAGCUGUGAUCUACUCUGCAGUCUGCAUUACUUUUUAAAGCUGUACUGUUUAAAGGUGGAGCAAGAUAAUUAAUACGUGCCAGAUUUGAUCUGUUGCUUGUCCUGCGUUCUAUUCUUCUUAUGGUGCAGCAAUUUUGAAGUAAUUUGUUUGAUUUUAAUCGAAUGGUUUUAAACUCUUAGUAUCUGAAGACGAAAAACGUGAUGUCAGCAUUAAAGCUUUGGUCAUUUUUGGUACAGAGAAAGGUAAAACGUCACAAAAUAAUGAAAUAACGUUGAUGGAUGGCCUGUAGAAGCAUCUGAUACUACAUCUGGUGCUACAGAAACACUCCAGAUCAGAUUGUUGUCGAAGGUACGAUACAGAAGGUGUUUAGUAUUGUUAUUGAAUUGCACAAUGCGGUGUGUGUUCACAUAUCUGUUGGUUGUUUAUGGGCCUUAACACUACUCAAACACAUCUCACAUCACUUUGGGUUAAAAUACUUGGGUGAAGUCAGUCAUUUUUGGUUUACUGAAGGUUUUAAACACUAUAUUAAAGUAAAUCAUACACUGUUCUGUAAGCGAGGACAUGAAUUUAUGACACACAAAGCUCUGAUGCAGAGAUUCUCAUCCUGUAACACAUGAAGGUUUGGUGCACACUUAUCUAUCUAUAGUUUAAGUUCACACAGGAACAGCAGCGCACAUGAGCACCAGUUGUGUAUUUUCAUUCAAAAAUGUUAAAUUUAUUUACAUCUUUUGUUUUUACAAGAGGAAACCGUACAGUUUGACAUGCCGGUCUGUUUGUCACUGUUAACAAUGUGAACUCUCAAUCCGAUUUCAUUCUCGUUUGCGACUAGUGGUGUUGAUCAUGAAAUUCUGCUUUUUUAUUUUUUAAACAGAUGUCAGAACCUUGCUGAAGAAAAUCUGAGCUCUGGUUUGAUCAGACUGAAAUGCAUAAAUGAUUAAAUGCUGUAUUUUUUAUCCUUUUGGAAAUUGUUGAAACAAUUCUGGCUUCUGGAAAGCCGAUGCUGUUAUGAGAUAUGAAAUAAACAU